GGAUUUUCCGGUGAGUUUUCUCGACUAGUUGGCUUGAAUUUUGCUGUGACGAUGAUACCUUGCUCUGAUGAUGUUUGUCAUAUUACUGACGAAAGCUUAGUACCUUUCACCGGAAUCGAAGAAGAUUACCUCGGAAACAGUGCCAGCAUGAAUCUUCCAGCAUUGGUACAGGCUGAACUCUUUGAAAAAGCCGGCGACAUUUAUCGUUCGCUGGGGCAACCAGACAAGGCAAUGCAGUACUAUCGCAAAGCGGGUGCCUACCAACGAGCCGUCGACCUGGCCCGUGUCUCUUUUCCGAGUGAUGUGGUGCGUUUGGAGGCAGAAUGGGCCGAUUACUUGGUGAAGAACCAUCAGCUUGAUAGCGCCAUUCACCACUACAUCGAGGCUGGGUGA